AUGGUUCAGCCUGAAGAACUGGACCAACCGAAAUCCCGCAGCAUGUCGGGACUUCUGGAACCUCAGGGGCAGGCUGCUGGUGAUUGGCGGUGUACCUGGUGGUUCCUGGCAGGAGGUGGAGUCUACCUGCCCGAUUGGGGAUCCUCCCAGAGUGUGAUUGGGGAGUGGGAUGGUCAGACCCAUGGUACUGGCUCAUCCUCGCGUCCCGGAAAACACCAAGUCUCAAAACAUUGA